GCUUGGCAUAUCAGUUGUUGCUUUUAAAUCUAAUGCGAAACUUACGGAAUUUACAAAGCCGCUGAAGUUUGUCUUGUAUUAUAUAUAAAUAACGGUUGUUUUUUUUUUGUUUUCGUAAAACAUUUGUUCACCGUGCGCUGUUACAUUUUAUUAACGCGUUGUCCGAUUGAGUUGUUUGCUGUUGUUGUUGUGAUUUAAGUGAUUCUUCACUGCAGCACGAUGCAUUUCUUGGGAUUGUUCAAACUUUGCCAACGGCUUUUACUUUUCUUGCCAUUAACAACGGCGAGUGCUGCUGAGACAGCAGCUGCUCACAAAAACGCUUUCCACUACGACAACUCCAACAAUUGGUAUUUGGAUUACCCAGAGUGUGGCGGAGAUAAACAAUCACCGAUCAUUAUCAAAACGAACAAGACCUUGGAAGUCUCUAUACCACCGAUUACAUUUGGAUCUUACGAUGUGUUUUUCUCAAAUUAUGCUGUUCUAAAAAACAAUGGACAUUCGAUUAAAUUCAAUGUACCAGAUACAAUUGAGUUCAUUCGCCCAUUCAUUACCGAUGGACCACUAAACGGCAUGUACGAAGCUAUAGAAGUACACUUCCAUUGGGGUUCACCGCUAUGCAAGGGCUCCGAACAUCAGAUCAAUCAGAGACGUUAUGACUUGGAAAUGCAUAUUGUACAUUUAAAUACCAAAUAUGGCAGCGUUGAAGAAGCACGGGAAUAUGAUGAUGGUAUUGCGGUAAUUGGUGCUUUCUUCAAAGUCGAAAAGACGGCACUACCCACUUUCCAUCCUGGGCUAGAUACGGUCUUCAAUACGGUGCCCUUUGUUCUGCUUUACAAUUCGUCAGCAACGACAAAUCAAUUGUUCACACUCGGUUCUAUGCUGGCGAAUAUCAAUCGUGACAACUUCUACACCUAUCAGGGUUCGCUAACUACGCCGCCAUGCUCGCAAGCCGUCACAUGGAUUGUUUACCCCGAAGUCAUACCGAUACCCCUGUUUCAAUUGCAAAACUUUUGGUUUGUGCGCGAUGAUCGUGGACGUAAAUUAUUGAAUAACUUCAGACCCGUGCAGCCACUCGGUGCACGUGAGGUCUACCAUCGCAGCGCUGAUGAGUAUUAUUGAGAGCGCAAAUUCUUACAUACAUACGAGUACAUACGAGUACACGGUGCAUAAAAGCUACUUAGAGACUAUUGGAGAAAUUAGAAAAUUUUAUUACUAAUUAGGCAAUUUCCUUAUUUAACUACCGUAACAUUUAAAAGCUUUAAAAUAUUUUUAAAAAAUUUUUAAUACAAUAUAAGUAAAUGAUAA